AUGGCUGAUCAAUUCAAUUCAGAUUCUUCUUUUCUAUUCUUUACUUUGCCUAGCGAAUUGAUUUAUAAAAUCGUUAGCUUCCUCUAUGGUGUUGAACUAGCCAAACUUCGCUUAGUUUCCUAUCAGUUCAAUGAUUUUAUACUAGGCCAAGAUCAACUGGCGUGGAAAAAGACAAUCUAUUCUGAAUUAACUACCAAUCCAGAGUUGUUGAGCCAUGAACAUUAUCAAGACUUUUAUAAGAGAGCCUAUCUAGGAAUAUAUCGGCACGUCACUGAUUGUCUUACAAAACAUGAUCAACAAACUUGGGGCUUUACUAGUCAGUAUGAUGGUUAUGCAACAGUUUCACAUUACAUCGAGAAAAAUUACUCCUAUGGCCAGUACUUAAAGGAAGAAGAAGAAAUACGGCAAGAUGCAUCGAUCGCAGACAUGAACGAUUAUGAUCGACGACAUCGUUUAUGCUCUUACUUAGGCUUGGCAGCCAAACAUGGCUUCGAAAUUUGGGCUAAAAAGCUAUGCCAACAAGCAGUUAAAGCAAGUGGUAUUCACUCUACUCAUUCAGUAGCAACUCAAAAUUGUGAAUAUUACUUUAUCUGUCCACUCUUUCUAGCUAUACUUGAAAAUAAUGAUUCGAUGAUUAAGGAACUCAUCGAAUUAGGAAUUCGUUAUCAUUCCCCAAAUCCACGGUAUAUAAAACAAUCAGACGAUGGCACUUUAGGAGAAUAUUCUUGUAGACUAUUACACGAUUCAGGAGGGCAAAUCAUUACUACUCAUAUUAUUUGCAAAGUAGUAACAUGCUUACGUCAUGAUCCUCACUUAUUAAAAGUAUUUUUGAAUUCUUUGGCUUUACCUCCUAUUCACCAAGCAGCAAUCUAUAAAAAUAUUGAUGAAUUUAAAAGAUAUGUCGAAAGUGGUGGACAUAUCAAUCUCAAUAUCUCAGAUAAUUACUACAUGACACCUUUAAUGUAUUGUAUAUUACUAAGCCGAGAAGAUAUUAUCGACUAUAUCUACAGCUUUAAGUCAAGUAUCAUCGUUGGUCAUCGUUUGGCAGAUCCCAUCAGAAAUGUAUUAAAUAGUGUUGAAUAUAAGGCCGUAAAAGUUAUAAGAGAACAGGAUCGUGAAUGUUAUCAUUUUAUUGUUUCUGAAAUAUUUAAGGAUGAAGAAAUAUUUACCAUCAAUAGCCAAAAUGAUGCAUUACCAUUGAUUUUAGCUGAUUUAAUUGAUAAAGAUGUGUUUCAUGCCGCUUGUCGGGGUGCAAUCUGCUCUCGUAAUAGUCGUGCAAUUUAUUUAUUAACAUCGGAUUUACCUAUAUUGGUGCAAUUCCAUAUGAGUUCUAUCGCCUGUAGCCAACAUUUAUUGACACAAAUUACAUGUACAAGAAAUGAAGUUAUUGCCAGUCAUGGUAUAGAGUUGCUUCAUAAAGCAAUAAGAUAUGGAAAAGAUAGCUGUAUUCGGCAAUUGAUUCAAGAAGGUGUUGAGUUAUCUGUGAUCGGUGAUAAUUUGUGGUAUGCACUGGAGAAUAUUUUAUCUGCGUUUAUAGCCUUACCAAGGCCUUCGAUAUUUGCAAGUAAUAUCGAAUAUAGGGAGUUCCAUCAAUUUCAAGUCCAGUUGUGUAACCAAGAUUUUGAUCCUAAUGCUAUCGCUGAAACACUACUGCCUUAUAAAUUGGCGAAAGCAAUUGCAGAUCUGCCCAAGUUUCUGACCCCAAAUAUUACUGUCGGUAACUUUAUAACGGAAAUAAUGCUACACACAAUGUAUAGUGACUGGAAACGUCCAAUUUUUAAUGAUCAUAAACUACAAAAUAGACUGACCGAAAUUAGCUGUGCACUGUUAGAGAAGCUUCUGGCUCUUAAUAAAAACCAUAAUGAAAUCAACGCACGUACUAGAAUGUCUAGUUUCAAGCAAGGAACUUUACUACAUGCUGCAGCUCGACUUGGAAAUCCGGCUUGGGUACAAUUGUUAUUGCAAGCAGGUGCAGACAGACAAAUAGAGGACCUUGCGUUAAGGAAGCCAGUCUACUACACUAAAAAAUUUAGUCGAGGGCGGCAGCUAUUGAAAACAGAAGGGCAAAUUAAAAAUCUCUUAGCGGAUAUACCAGUUUAUCACGUUGUCAAAUGGACGUGGGAGUGUGCAUCCUUGUUAGAAAAUUAUCAAUCAUGUUCACUACCAUCAAAGUAG